CCCGGAUACAGGGCGGAGAGCGGCUACUUCCAGCGGUGCAGUUAAAACGCCGAGGUGUGUCUCCAGGACAAAGAGACGGCUAUAGCAGCUUUCAACAGGCGUCCCAGAGUUGCAUUUAUCGACGAGAUUGUUUUCUUUGGAAAAGAUAAGAAACCAUCAUCAAGUGGACAAUGGCCUCCAGUGCACUGAGCUACAGGCCUGGCUCCAGGGGUCCAUGUUGUUGGGGACUCACAUUCCAGCUGAGGGUGGUAAUGUUGGGCUGGCUGUUGGCGGUCGUAUUAGCAGAGGAUUCAGACUACUACAAUCUACUGGGAGUGGGCAGAGAGGCUACAACCAGAGAGAUCAGACAAGCUUUUAAGAAACUGGCUCUGACUAUGCACCCUGAUAAAAACCCUAAUGAUGAGUCUGCCCAUGGGAAGUUCGUACAGAUUAACCGGGCAUAUGAGGUGCUGAAGGACGAGGAGCUGAGGAAGAAGUAUGAUAAGUAUGGCGAGAAGGGAUUGGAUGAGCAGCAGGGUGGGCGCUACGAGAGCUGGAAUUACUACAGAUAUGACUUCGGUAUCUAUGACGAUGAUUUGGAGAUCAUUACUCUGGACAGAGGAGACUUUGACACAGCAGUGAACUCUGGAGAAAUCUGGUUCAUCAACUUUUAUUUCCCACGAUGUUCUCACUGUCACCAGCUAGCCCCUAUGUGGAGGGAGUUUGCUAAGGAAAUGGAUGGAGUGAUCCGGAUUGGAGCCGUAAACUGUGGAGAUAACAGCCGCCUCUGCAGAAGUAAAGGAAUCACCAGUUAUCCAAGUCUGUAUAUCUAUAGGACUGAUCAGAAACCAGAGAAGUAUUUUGGGGACCGUUCCAAGGAGAGUCUUAUUCAAUUCUCCAUGCAGUUUGUCACAACCUCAGUGACUGAACUAUGGCAAGGCAACGUAUUUACUGAGAUAGAACAAGCCUUUUCAGGGGGACUGGGAUGGCUGAUCACAUUCUGCUUUGAGAUGGGAGAAUGCUUGGAGUCGAGAACCAGACGGAAGUUAGCUGGCAUGCUGGAUGGUCUAGUUAAAGUUGGGUGGAUGGACUGCACUUCCCAGAGAGAGCUCUGCCACAGUUUCCAGGUGAGCAGUGGUGCCACAGCUUUCUUUCCUCCAGGCAGUUCUUUGCAGCAGCAAGGCAGUGUACUGUGGUUGAAGACUCUGGAGAGCAGAGAGGUUUACACUGAAGUCAUCAAUCAUCUACCUGAUCUGGAACUACUUGCAAAAGACAGCUUACAGACUAAGAUAGCCCAUCACCGUUGGUUGGUCAGUUUUACUUUUGGACACAAAACCACGGCCUCCAAUGAAUACAAGAAACUUAAAGCUCUCCUCAGAAAUGACCACAUCCAGGUUGGAAAGGUGGACUGUAUAGCAGACUCCGAGCUAUGUCGCUCCCUGUACAUCCAGAACCCCUGUUUGGCUGUCUUCAAAGGCAUGGGUAUCCAUGACUUUGAGAUCCACCAUGGUAAAGACAUGCUAUAUAACAUCGUGAGUUUUGCCAGAGAAAGCGUCAGUGCCCAUGUGACCACUCUCAGGCCUGACAACUUCCCCUCAGACAGGAAGGAACCCUGGCUGGUCGACUUCUUUGCUCCGUGGUGUCCUCCAUGCCGUGCGUUACUCCCCGAGCUGAGGAAAGCUUCCAUCCAACUGGCCGGCCAGAUGAAGUUCGGAACUCUAGACUGUACCAUUCACCAUGACCUUUGCACUAAGUAUAAUAUUAAGGCUUUUCCUACAACCAAAGUAUUCAAUCGUUCAUCUGUCCAUGAAUAUGAAGGACACCACUCAGCUGACGGCAUCCUGGAGUUUAUACAGGACCUUGUUAAUCCAUCGGUAUUUGUUUUAGACCCUCACACCUUCCAAGAGAAAGUUAAAGGUAGAGCUACAGGGCAGAUCUGGAUGGUGGAUUUCUACGCUCCCUGGUGUGGCCCCUGUCAGGCCCUGCUGCCAGAGUGGAGACGUAUGGCCAGGCUGGUCUCGGGUUUGGUCCUUGUUGGGUCAGUGGAUUGUCAGAGGCACCAUUCUUUCUGUCAGAGCCAGGGGGUGAGAGCGUACCCUGAAAUCCGUCUGUACCCCCACUUUACCCAGCGACCAGACAGCUACAUGAGCUAUAAUGGUUGGCAUAGAGACGCCCAGUCACUGAGGGUGUGGGCAUUAAGCUCUCUCCCCAGGGCAUCAGUGGACCUAACCCCAGACUCCUUCAGAUCACUGGUUUUGUCCAGUCAGGAGCACUGGGUCAUUGACUUCUAUGCUCCCUGGUGUGGACCCUGUCAACACUUUGCUCCUGAGUUUGAAGUCUUGGCAAGGAUGGUGAAAGGGGAGGUUCAGGCAGGGAAGUUGGACUGUCAGGCGUACUACCAGACCUGUCAAUCCGCUGGAGUUACUGCCUACCCUACCGUCCAAUUCUACUCUCACCUUGGCACAAGAAGGCAUAGUCAAGGUGGGGAGCACAUUAACAGCAGGGAUGCUAACGUGAUCGCUGCCAUCAUCAGACAAAGGCUGGAACAGCUGUCACCAAGACCACAUAACAAAGCCAAGGAUGAGCUCUGAGGUUUCGCGUGGAGCCAAGUGAAGGAUUAGCAAUCAGAUUUGGCUGGAAGGGACAGGAAGGGAUCUGACUGGUCACUCCUAACGUCAAUGACCAUUUUAACUGUGGAAUGAAAAGGACACCUAAAGGAACCACAGGACAAAAGGACACCUGAAAACAUGACAAAGAGAAAAGCACUUGAUGACAGAAGUCAACAGCAUGAAAGGAAAAGUUGAUGAAAAAGGCAGAAUCAACUGUUUCUGCGAGGGUCCACUUGAUAAACAUAGAUGGAGAUUGAAGGAUUGACAAUGACGAGACUCAAAUAAUGGAUAUCUAAUUCCCUCCAGACUCCUCCCCCUCCGAUGACAUCUGCUCCAGCAAGCUAAAUACUGUUGACUGCAUGGUCAUACUGUUGACUAGGAUUCACUGCUGUGUUCCUCCUACAUUUACUGAACAUGCACACACACACACACACACACACACACACACACACACACACACACACACACACACACACACACACACACACAUAUAUAUAUAGUGUUGUUGUUUUGUUUUUCUUUUCUUUUCGGAAACUGUCAGUGGUGAUAAAAGUGCUCAACAAGUGAGGAGCAGAAUAUGAAGAUAGAUGUAGGGAAAACUUUAAUACAUAGCAGUACAGGCUUGUUUCGUGCAUCGCGCACUCAUCAGCUGCCAAUGUGAUUCAACAAAGAAAAACACACACUCAAUAAAUAUUACGUUGCCCCGUGUCACGCCCCUAAUUUCGGUGGACAGCAGCCAAUGAGAGGAUAGAAAACAUUUGAACUAUUGCAAGUAGUGGAGUAGGUAGUUACGAUGCACAGCAACCAGUGGCGGGGUAGAAAACAGUACAACCAAUGGGGUAAGGGGUGGGGGCUUGUUUUGAAAAGGCAUUUAAAAGGCCUGGGCAAUGUUGAAAUAGCCUCCAUUUAAAAUACAACAAGGUAACGUCAAAUACGUAAAUUACCCCGUUUGACAUUGCCUUGUUAUAUUCUAAACGUAGGCUAUUUCAGCGGUUUCUCACAUGUUAAAUGCAGACGCGUUGUUAUCCCGGCAGAGUGCAGCUGUUGUGAAGAAGGUCAUCAGAUAAGACAUCAGCAGCGUGGGUCUCUGAAAGACCCUGUGCAGUCAGUGAGUGUAGUGUUUUAUCUGUCAACAGUAGAAGAUUUGUGCAUUUUAGUGAAUGGGAGAGAAACGUCACUUAUGGAGCACCACUUGUUUUGCAGGAUGAUCUUUCAUGGGGUCACUACAAAGGUCAGUCAGUUGGUACUGUGGGCUCACAGAAUUGACUCAUUAAAAUUCUGAUGGCAUAUUGGCUAAGAAAAAAAAGAAAGACUGAAACCAAAGUGUCUGUGGAGUGUGGAUUGUUUGUGUUGUAGGCAUUCAGCUUCUGGUCUGAACUGGAUGUCACAUUCUCAAUAGACAAAUGACGUACUCUGUGUGAUGUCAUGUUUAUCUGAAAAACUAUAGCAGCCAUAUUUACAGCAAUACACUCCGUUGUUGUACCUGAAACUGUUUGGGCGCAGAAUGAUCUUCAUGUCUGUCCACUGAAAAGCUUUUGAAUGUGUCUGAUGAUGUUUUGUAAGAAUCUAGCAUUGACCCACAUUUGUAUGACCCAGAAUACAGCGCUGAAGAAACCCAACAAAGCGAGGAGGAGGCUGCCAAAGAAGCAGCGGUACAGACGGCUACAGUGAGCUGCCAAGAGUCUUCAGUGACUGCUGGUGUUCAUGUGCAGCCUGUCCUUGCAUGCCAUCACACUGAACCCCUGGGAUCCAUCCCACGUUGAACCCCUAGGGUCCAUCCCACGCUGAACCCCUGGGAUCUAUGAAUGUUGAAUAAAUAAAUCAUCACAAUGAAUAGCAGUGAGCCAUGGUCUAACACUGUUUAGAUUAUUCAACUUGUAUGCCACAUAGUGUUUUGAGAGAGAGAGAGAGAGAGAGUGUGU